ACAAGUUUUUGGAGCAUUCAAGUCAUAGUCAAACACCACGGCCUCUACUAUCACAAGUCACAAAUCUACACCAAGAAAAGACACAAUGAUGCCACUUUCUCUUUGCUUCUCUCCUCUCACACUCCAUACCCAACAACUUCAUCAUUCUAGAAUCAAAAUCCCUCUUUUCAGGUCCAACAUUGCAAUUAAAUCUACAAUUCCCAUCUCUCAAAACCCUAAACAACAUCUUUCAAGAUCAAGAAUCCGUAGGAUCCGAUCAUGUCAAACAAAUCCCGGAGAAUCAUCUCCUGUGACUCUUUCUCCAGCAAACGACAGAUGGGAAACUGUGUUGUCGAAUUUAGCAAGCUUGUAUCCUGUAUAUGUGACGGUAGGAGGUGUAGUUGCGUGUUUAAAGCCUUCAACUUUUUCAUGGUUUGUAGAAAGAGCUCCAAAUUCUUAUAGCUUUUCACUUGGGUUUAUUAUGCUUGCUAUGGGUCUCACUUUGGAGUUCAAAGAUUUGGUCAAUCUGUUCAAGGAAAGGCCUCUUUCUAUACUCUUUGGAUGUGCUUGUCAGUACACAAUUAUGCCAGCUUUUGGAUUCAUAAUAAGCAGAUUGUUGGGGCUCUCACCAUCUCUUUCAGUUGGUCUAAUAUUGCUUUCUUGUUGUCCAGGAGGCACUGCCUCUAAUGUGGUGACCUUGAUUGCUCAAGGAGACGUACCAUUGUCUAUAGUGAUGACAGUAUGUAGCACUCUUGGAGCAGUGUUUCUUACUCCUCUUUUGACAAUGUUUUUGGCUGGAACUUAUGUUCAUGUUGAUGCUGUUAAACUUUCAAUCAGCACAAUGCAGGUUGUAGUUGCACCUGUUCUUGUGGGGUCUUAUUUGCAGAGUACCUUUCCAAAGGCAGUGAAAACUGCACUGCCUUUUGCACCACUACUAGCUGUCUUGACCUCAUCACUACUUGCUUGCAGUGUAUUAUCUGAAAACAUCGGUCGUCUGAAAUCAUCAAUGGUUCUGACAUCAUUAUCAUCUGAAACCUCUCCCCUUCUUUAUGCUCGUUCCUUUUUGUCAAGUGAAAUGGGAAUGGUUGUUCUUUCGGUGCUCUUACUUCAUUUUGCAGGCUUCUUUGUAGGGUAUAUAGCAGCAACCCUAGUGGGAUUUAAAGAGAGAGAAAGACGUGCUGUAUCCAUUGAGGUUGGAAUGCAGAAUUCAUCAUUGGGUGUGGUGUUAGCAGCAUCACAUUUCAGCUCGCGUAUGGUUGCAUUACCACCAGCAGUUUCUGCUGUGGUAAUGAAUAUAAUGGGUAGCAGCUUGGGUUUCUUUUGGAGAUUUGUUGAUCCUUCUGAUUCAGAAUCUAGCUCCAAAGAUGUGUUCUUGUGAUUUUUUUGAAUGCUUAUUAGCAAUUUGUAGGGUUAGUCGUUUGUGAUCAAAAGGGUCAUUAUUACAGUUCUUUUUGGAAAUGCAAGUAAAAGACUGUGUACAAAGACUUCCAUUCUUGUUUUGUUGAGCUUGUAAAGAGCUUGAAUGUAUUGGGAUGAAGUCAUGGCUCAUGGGGUGGGGUCAAGUUGUUUGGAGGAUCGCAUAUUAUUUAUGAAAUAUGGAAUAAUGUUUUAUUCAUAAAUCAAAGUCAAAAUAUAUAAUUUUAGGUUAUGGGAGCAA